UUUUUUUUCUUUCUCAUCAUGUUAACAAUUCAUGGCACAUUAUGCAUUGCUUCAUGAUCAAGCAAUAUAAUGUUAUAAUGUUUUAAUAAUGGAAUUGAAUGGAAUGAGGAUGAAGGCCUUGUUGGUCUCUCACAUUUUAUUAUGCACAAGUUUUCUACUACUACCACCACAUGUUCAAUGUGCAGAUAAAGAUGAUUCUGUUGCACCUUCAUUUUACACACAAGAAAUCUACAAAGAGCUUGAAGGUCUUACUACCGCUUUAACAAAAGACAUUAAGGCAGAUUUAGACUUCUGCAUUAAGGAUGUGAGGAAAGACUGGGAGGAAGCCUUUGAUUUUAAGGGAAAGUUGGAUUUUGUGGAUGCUUGUGUUAAGCAAAAAGGUGAUUUUAGAGAUAGAAUAUGUACUACUGCUGAAGUGAGGUACUACUUUCACAGUUAUUUCCAGCAGGGAGGCUCAUCUGCUGCCAGUUACGUAAAACCUAACAAAAAUUGCAACUUGACUUCAUGGUUGUCUGGUUGUGAACCUGGUUGGAGUUGUAGUGCUGACCAGAAAAUUGAUCUCAAAAAGGAUAUAAAGGAGAUUCCAUCUAGAGUCAGUGAUUGUCAACCUUGUUGUGAAGGGUUUUUCUGCCCUCAGGGACUGACUUGCAUGAUAACAUGUCCACUUGGGUCUUAUUGUCCACUUGCAAAACUGAAUCAAACAACUGGAGUAUGCGAUCCAUAUAGUUACCAAAUUCCUGCAGGAGAUACAAAUCAUACUUGUGGCAGUGCUGAUAUUUGGUCUGGUGUUGUGAACAAUAGUGAUAUCUUCUGUUCUCCAGGAUCAUAUUGUCCAUCUCCGACACGCAAAGUUUCUUGCGAUAAAGGAUAUUACUGCAGGAUGGGUUCAACUCAUCAAAAUCCAUGCUCCAAGCUGAGUAGCUGUAAUCCAAAAACAGCAACACAAAAUAUGCAUGCUUACGGCGCUUUGAUUAUUGUUGCUAUGAGUACUCUUCUGAUCUUCAUGUAUAACUUUUCUGAUCAAGUGCUAGCUACUAGAGAAAGAAGGAAGGCAAAAUCAAGAGAAGCUGCAGCGAAACACGUAAGAGAAACGGUACAAGCUCGCGAAAGAUGGAAAACAGCAAGAGAAUUGGCUAAGAAAAGUUCAUCAGGAUUGCAAAAACAGUUGUCUCGAACCUUCUCGCGCAAGAAAUCCGGGAAGCAAGGUGAUCUAGUUCUAUCAGAUUCAUCAAGCCAACCUGAGCAGUCGUCGAAAUCCAAAGAUAAGGAGCCUAGUAAUCUUACUAAAAUGAUGCACUCCAUUGAGGAUGGUGGCCAUGAAGGAUUUGAUUUUCAGAUUGGUGAUAAGAACAUUAAAAAGCAAAUGCCAAAGGGAAAAAACUUACACACUCAUAGCCAAAUUUUAAGGUAUGCUUAUGGUCAAAUUGAGAAGGAGAAAGCUCAACAAGAGCAAAACAAUAACUUGACAUUCUCAGGAAUAAUUUCAAUGGCUGCUGAGGGUGAGAAGGUAAACACAAGGCCUUCAAUUGAGGUAGCUUUCAAAGAUCUAACACUCACUUUGAAAGGUAAAAACAAACAUGUACUGAGGUGUGUGACUGGUAAAAUCAUGCCCGGUCGAGUUUCAGCUGUUAUGGGACCCUCAGGAGCUGGAAAAACUACAUUUCUUUCAGCUUUGGCAGGAAAAACAAGAGGUUGCAAUAUUUCAGGAUCAAUUUUAGUUAAUGGAAAAAAGGAAUCCAUUCACUCUUAUAAGAAAAUUACUGGUUUUGUGCCACAAGAUGAUAUUGUGCAUGGAAACUUGACAGUUGAGGAAAAUCUUCGGUUCAGCGCAAGAUGCAGGCUCCCUGGGGACAUGCCAAAACCGGAUAAGGUUCUGAUUGUUGAAAGAGUGAUCGAGUCCUUGGGACUUCAGCCAGUAAGGGAUUCUCUAGUUGGGACAGUAGAGAAGAGAGGCAUAUCUGGAGGGCAAAGAAAACGUGUAAAUGUAGGACUAGAGAUGGUGAUGGAGCCUUCAUUAUUAAUCUUAGACGAGCCUACAACUGGUUUGGACAGUGCAUCUUCUAGUUUACUUCUUAAAGCGCUUCGCCGUGAAGCUCUUGAAGGAGUAAACAUCUGCAUGGUACUUCACCAACCAAGCUAUACUUUGUUCAGAAUGUUUGAUGAUAUAAUAUUUCUAGCCAAAGGUGGUCUUACUGCAUAUCACGGUCCUGUGAAAAAAGUAGAAGAAUACUUUACUGGCAUUGGAAUUCCGGUACCGGAUCGCGUAAAUCCUCCAGACCAUUUCAUUGAUAUUCUGGAAGGUUUAGAGAAACCAACUUCAGGUGUAACUGUUGAAACACUUCCUGUGAGAUGGAUGCUUCAUAAUGGAUAUUCAGUACCACCAGACAUGCUUCAUUUGGCUGAUCAAAUUGCUGCUCCUUCAUCUGACACAAAAGAAACUAAUGCAUCAAAGGCUAAUGAAGAAGCUUCAGAUCUAUCCUUUUUUGUUGAGUUUUGGGAGGAUUUGAAGAGCAAUAUUAGGAUCCAACGAGAUCACAUAGAAGCAAUCUUUACAAUACAAAAGGACUUAUCUGAACGAGCUACUCCUGGUGUAGCCCGACAAUAUAGAUAUUUCGUUGGCCGGGUUGGCAAGCAGCAGCUGAGAGAAGCAAAGUUACAAGCAGUGGACUAUCUCCUUUUAUUGGUUGCCGGUGCUAUCUUAGGAACACUUACCAAAGUGAAUGAUGAAACAUUUGGGUCCCUUGGUUAUACAUAUACAGUCAUUUCUGUUUCUCUACUUUGUAAGAUUGCAGCUUUGAGAUCAUUUUCUCAGGACAAGUUACAAUACUGGAGAGAAAGUGCAGCUGGAAUAAGCAGUUUAGCCCAUUUUCUCUCCAAAGAUACAAUUGACCUUUUCAGUACAAUCAUCAAACCUGUAGUUUACCUCUCCAUGUUCUAUUUUUUAAGCAAUCCAAGGUCAAGCUUUGGAAGUAAUUACAUAGUUUUGGUUUGUCUUGUGUACUGUGUGACUGGAAUGGCUUAUGCAUUAGCCAUCUUCUUUCAGCCUGGUCCUGCUCAGCUGUGGUCAGUGCUUCUUCCUGUUGUUAUGACUCUCAUUGCCAACCAAAAUAGAGACACUGCAUUUAUGAAGAUCCUAGUACAAUUGUGUUAUCCAAAAUGGGCUCUGGAGGGCUUUAUCAUUGCAAAUGCUGAAAGGUACACUGGGGUAUGGCUGAUAACUCGUUGUGGUUCACUAAUGAGCAGUGGUUAUGAUGUCAAUGCAUGGCAUAUUUGUUUGCUUGUCCUCAUUUUAAAUGGAAUAAUUGCCCGAAUUAUAGCUUUCUUUUGUCUCGUAAUUUCUCAAAGGAAAUGAUUUGGAAUGUGAUAUUUCACAGUUUUGAUCCUCUAAUUGCCUUAAACCUCUACAGCCAAAGAUUGGUUGAUCUUUGCCCGUAGAAAGUGAUACAUAUAUACACCAUAGUUUAUCAAAUGUGAAUGUGAUGAUAGAUUCAGGAAAUUGAGUAGGAUUAGCCUUAUAGGUGUUCUUACCAUUUUAGGUUUUCAUGUAAAGAUGUCGUUAUACUUUUUGCUUACUUGGGUGUAAGUAAAUUUUACUUAGUAUAAAAGAUAUACUAGUAUAGUCUAGAGCUUUCUAAGCACAUUAAACAUUUGCU